GGUCUCCCGGUUCUCCAAAGCCUCUCGAGCCGCCCUGCCCUCGCCAUGCUGCGCCUGCUGCCAUGGCUCCGUACUCUGACCCGGGAGAGCGUGCGGCCCGGAGUCCUGCAGGGCCUGGCUGCUGGUGACAGGAGUGGGGCCGGGAUGUAUCCCACCUGCUACUGUGCAGGCAAAGCUAAGCAGCGGGCUGUGCUGCUCCCCUUGGACCCCUAUGGCCAUGGGCUGCUGCACACCUUUCCCCCGGAUGCCUACAGGACUCGAGGCCAUGGCAAGAGGAAGAGCUGGAACUUCAUCCACGAGAAGAUGAGUUAUGACACCUUCUUCACAAUGAAGCGUCUGAUAGAGCGCUCGCGCAGCGUGGGAGAAGUGCUGCGGUGGGUGACACAGAACCCCAGCAAGGUGUCUGCCAGCCACUACCCCAUUGCCCUGCACAAGCUGGGCCAGCUCUUGCAGCAGCAGGGCCAGGCCACGGUGAACGGGGAGAGCCGUGGGCCUGGCCAGAUGCUGGAGCAGCCGGAGUUUCAGGCGCUCUGUCAAGCCAUCAUCAGCGGCUGCUCCAAGUUUGAUAAUUUCAGCAUCGUCAACUGCCUGUAUGCCGCUGCUGCGCUGGGCCUGCCUGGGGAAUCGCCGCUGGUGCGAGUGCUGGAGGACGAAUCCCGGAGCCGCCUGGGCCGCUUCAACCAGAAGGACGUUUCCAUGGUCUUCAGCAGUGUGAUGAGGCUGCACCCGUCCAGCCCCCACCCCCUGGUUGAGUCUUGCCUCAGCAGCUUGGAGCGGCACCUGGAGAAGGAACGUCACCCCCAAACCCUCUUCCUGCUCCUCUCCUACUACCGGCUGCGGGCGCAGGCGCUGCAGGGACACCCGGCCUCCGACCAGCAGCUGAUCAACAACCGCAAGAUCCUGCGCCUCGUCAGGCACACGCUGGGGCAAGUGAGUGCCAUGCGGGAGCACGAGCUGGCCCUCUUGGACGAGAUGCUGGCUCUGUGCGCCCAGGAGGCCAACAACAAGGCCCUGGAGGCCAUCUUCAGCUCUCAGCUCUUCUACGAGAACCGCCAAGAGCGAUUCAUCCGCAGUAUGGCAGAGUGGCUCCCCAGGAAGGCAGAAAACCUUACCCCCUAUACCAUGGCCCUCAUCGCCAAAUAUGUGGCCCGGCACCGGCUGCGUGAGCCGCGGCUGCUUGAUACCAUUGCAAACUUUCUCCUGAAGCGUGGGGAGCAGCUUGACAGCAAGGUGAUCCAGAAGCUGGUUUUUCCCUUCAGCCGCAUGAAUUACCGCCCAUCCAACCACAGUGAGCUCUUCCCCAAGCUGGAGGCCAUCCUGGAGCAGAAAGCUGGCAGCUCGCCCCUGGCAACCGUCAACAUCCUCAUGUCCAUGUUUCAGCUUAGCCAUUUCCCCCAGACCGUCCUCCACCAAGUCUUCUCCCCAGCCUUCAUCACCAAUGUUAUGAGCAGCCCCUACGCGCUGAUUGUGCGCCGCUACCUCUCGUUGCUGGACGCGGCAGUGGAGCUGGAGUUCCGUGAUUACAGCGGCCCACGCCUUGACCCACGGUACCGUGUCCUUAUGUUCGAGCACGCCCUGACAGCUGACGAGGCCAACAGAAAGUACAGUUACAAGGGGCUGGUGGCUGAGGCCCUGCGGCAGCUGGUGGGAGAAGAGUGCUAUCGGCAGGACGAGGUGCUGCCCCCAGGAUACUGCACAGACUUCCUGCUGUGGAUUAACCGCUCAGGCACUGUGCUGCCCUUUUCCCGUGUUCCUGCGGCCUCCAAGGCUCCCUCUGCCCACACUACAACCUCCCCCGCUGCCAUUUCCUUGCGCUCAAGUGUCCUGGCCCUCACCUCGGACUUGCAGGACUUUGCCCCCUUUGCUCCAGAGACACCAAGCAGCCCCCCAGGCUCUCGAGAGAGCAACCUGGCUGGGCGAUUCUUGCCCACACUUUGCCCUGCCCCGGGGGGCCCCUGCUACCAGCCUCCCUCGGACUAUUACUGCAGCCUGAGCAAAGAGUCUUCCCUGGAGAGCCAGGGCAGCUCCACGUUAAGCAGCCCAUCCGAGUGCCUCUCCGCGCAGCCGGCUGGCACCCCUGACUGCUCCCCCAGGGGCACCUCCACAGCCACCCUCUUCCAGUUCCCCAUCGGCAAGAUUCUGGAGGAGGAGGAGGAGGCGGAGGCGGCAGCGGUAGCAGCUACCACUGGCUGCCCUGGGCACGAUCACAACUGCUUCCAAGGGGAGCAGGCCCAGGAGGAACCCGAGGAAAGGAGCCCACCCCCCAGUGAGGACGCCUGCCCUCCGCCCUCCCCGUGCCGGCCCAGCCCAAAGCGAGGCCCUGGUGAUGGGCCACAGGGAGCCGAAGAGAUCCAGAGGGUGGUGCUGUCAGUCAAUGACAAAUGGCAUUACUGCCAGAACUCUGACAUCCUGGUGGGCUCCCGAGCCAUGAGGGACAGGCACUUGCGACUGCUGGGCUACUGUCUGGUUCAGGUAAGCAAAGGGGGGCUGCCGCUUUCCUUUCCCCACCUCCCCUUCCAGGCAGAAAACACCCGUGACCAUGCAGCAAGAUGGGCUGGAGAGCAGGCAUCCACCCCGCCGCAGUAAACACCCGGUGGGAGCCAUCCUUCCACGCUCACUGCUUGCGAGAGGAAGCAGUGACUCAUCCUCAUGCCUCCUUUUUUGCCCUCCCCCCACCCCAAGACUUCUUCCACGAGCCUUGGCAGAAAUCAGGGACAAGGACGGUGGACGACAGCCCCUUCCAACCCGACCUGGGUGCUGGGCAGUGACAGGGAGAAGGGGAAACUGCCUCAGCCUGGGCCCCGCAGAUGUGGCAGCGGUGUCGGUGUCGGCCGCAGGGCCUCAGGGUAGAAAUUGUGCAGGGCCGUAGCUCAGGCUGAUUCCCUUUGCUGUGACCCCAGCUGUUGGUUCUGCAGCGUGCCUCUCUCGCUGCUGUGGGUGGAGGUGAGGCCAGGCAAACCUCCCUUCGGUGUGUGUUUCGGAGCCCUGGCCUCUUUGGUGGCAGCCUCUGGCUGGUCUGUGGUGAGAGCCGUGAAUGGAGAAGCCCUGGAGGCUUCACCACCGCCUUCGCAAUUGUCUUUGGAUUUCUCGGGGAAACUUCACAUGUUGUUUUAAGGUGUGCAGCUUCUACAAGACCAUUUGCAAGGUGAGUUUUAGCUUGAGGAUAGAUCUUUCUGAGGAAAGUGAGUCAGGAAUGCAGGUUUCAUAUUCCUGUUUACUUCUCCACUUCAGAGGUCACCUGAAUUACAGUCAUAGAUCUACCAAGCAGUUCCAUAACUAUUUCUUUAAAGCUUCUUACCUCCCCUGCUGCUGACAGUGCAGUGUGCCAGCACGAAGCUCCUCCUAAUUUCAUAAUUUGCAACGUACAUAGUUCAGAAGCCCUUUGUUUAUGCAUAGCUUUGCCAGUCCUGUGACUCAAGUUGUGGUAUUUCCUUGGAGAUCCUGACUCGCAGAGCGGCAGAGCGGGACCGACUCUCCGGUGCAGUGUGCCCUGUGUCUCCCUCUUUGAGCCUGUUCAUUCUUCACACUUACAGCAUCUGGGGCCAACAAGCUCCAGGCAGGGCUACCUGCAACAAGCUCUGUUUUAAACCUGCUGUCUGGUCAGCCGACAUGGUACUGCCAGAUCUGGUGCCACGAAGAGCAGCUCUGCGGUUACCUUCUUGUGGUUGUAGAGGUUGCUUCCCUUUGGCCACCCCUUUGAGACGAAGAGCCCCAGGCAGUUCAGCUUCUUCCUGAGUUGAAGCUGCUUCGCAGCUCGGUGGUUGUUCUUGCUCUUCUCACUUGAGGUUUAUUUCCUUUUCUUCUGACACCUUUACAGCAUCACAGAGCAGUUGAGGUUGGCAGGCGCCUCUGGAGAUCAUCCAGUCCAACCCCAGCUCAGCUAAAGCGGACUCAGUACCACGUCAAGUUUUGAACAGCUUGGCAAUAGGUUGCUUUCUGGGUAACUUGUUCCAGGCUUAAGUCUGGUGCUGCUUUACCCUCACAGUAAAAGAGGUUUUUCUUAUCUUUGUGGGAGUGGGUGUAGCUUUUUCUUCAGUUCAAAUGGGCUUUCUAAUACUCUAGGUUUGUGCCUGCUGCCUCUGGGCACUGCUAAGAGGCUCUUGUCUUCUUUACAACCUCCCAUUGGGUAUUUGUACACACAGAUAAGACAUCCCAAUCCUUUUCUUUUCCAUCUCUGUCAGCCUCUUCUCACCUAUCAUCCCCCUAAUCAUCCCUGUGGCCCUAGACCCUCUCCAGUCUGGCCACGCUGUGUUUUGGGGGGCCCAGCACUCGAGUGUGUCUCCCCAGUGCUGAGUAACCGAGAAGGAUCGCGGUGCUCUUUCCUCACACAGCUCAGGAUGCUGUCGGCUGCCAUUGCUGCGAGGGAGCACUGCUGGCCCCCGUCAGGACCCUCACUCCCUUUUCUUUAAAAUCACUUUCCAGCCGGUUGGCCCCAGCCUGUGCUGCUGUGAGGCAUCAAAACUGUGACCCUUUUUUACCUGGGGGCCAUUUCUCGGCCUGUUUGGGUCCUCCUGAAGAGCAGCACAACUGGCUGGUGCGGUGGCUGCUCCUCCCCGUUUAUGUGCUGUCCGCAGCUGCACUCGGUCCCGUCGUCCAGGUCGCUAAUGAGGAUGCUAAACGAUGUUGGCCCCUGUACCGACUCCUGGGGUAUGCGGCGUGGGGCUUGGUCCAGCUGGACACGGUGCCUCCGUUCACAGCUCUGGCUAUUCAGCCUUCCUUAUAUUUAAUUUAAAGCCUUCUCUUGUUGGCUGCCGCGUUGCCGUAUGUCUGCUGGACAGGCGCUGGGCUGCCUGUCGUGUCUGGCACGCUGCUGAGCUGUCUGGGUAUGUCUGGGUGACUGCGCCAGGGCCGUGCUCCUCCUUGGAUGCCGUUGAUCUGUAGCAGGUGUGGAUUUGUCAGGGCUUUCUUCCAAGACAGCCUGCUCCUUCCGUGGCAUGACAGGCUGCUUGUGCCCAGCCCCUUCCUUGCCUGCAUCCUCCGGUUGGGCCCGUGGGUUGCUUUCCACCCUUCUGGAAGUGGUGGGAAUCCUCCUGCCCUCCCAGACCCUCCACUCUGCUCACAGAUGCUCUUUUCCCUGAUGGUCCUGACUUUUUAUUGACAGCCAACUCUCUUCCCUCAGAAGUUCAGAAUUAUCUAAGUUGGAAAAGACCUUGAAGAUCAUCCAGUCCAACCAUGAACCUCACACUGACCGUUCUCAACUCCACCAGAUCC